AUGGAUACCAUAUCAUUGAUUAUUCUUUUGAGUGUGAUCAUUCCGGUAGCGGUGGCUAUUGUUAUUUGUAUCCUUAUGUAUCAUUCUCAUCAAUGCCAGAAUCGCAAAUCGCACCGACCAACAAACUCGAUGGGACGUUUUCGUUGUCCGCGUGGUCGGAUCGUUCGGGAAAACUAUGCAAUCGAUGUAGCAACUGUUUACCGCGAUCAACAGCAGCAUCGACUCCGUGAACGCUUACCGAUCUCAGAACAAUCUCCACCCUCGUACACUAGCUCAAUGUAUCAAACAAGACGAAAACAAUUACCGUUAUUUUCACCAAUUCGCGUCAUACCAACUAUACACGUGACAGUGCCAAUGAACACACCGUCGCCUACGUACUCAACGAUGCCACCGACAUAUUCCGAAAUCUUCUUAACACCUCAAACAGCAAUGAAUGGAUGA